AUGAAGUUUCAGCCGCGAGAGCUUCCGCUGGGGUCACCGCCCUUCUUUGAAGAUGAGGCCAACCGCACGUGGGUGCCCCUGUACAGCCAUGCCUGCUCCUUUGGGCCGGACAUCUUUGUGGACAAGAUGAUGAAUCUCAUCAAGAAUCCCAAUCUCAACUCGAGCUGGCUGUUUCGAGCUGACAUUCUGUACGACGAGGCCAAGACAACUGGCAACACCAACAGCAUCGGCAGCAGCAGCAGUGCCACGAAUGCUGAUAGUCUUACUGGCAACACUGCCGCUAGUAGUAAUACUAAGCCUGCUCCUGUAGAUGCCGGUGUCGGUGCCGUUGCCGAUGCUAAUGCUCAUGCUAGCCCAGAUGCUACCGUUGAGGAUGAAGCACCCAAGCAUCACGAGACCCAGCCGCCAUCCCGGACGGACUCCGAGGUUCGCCCCGUCACCGUUGAGAUACGCGGCAUGACCCUUGGGCGCACCCUCGUCCGCAGACUCAUCCCCAGGAACGAGCGGAGAGACAAGCCCCUGGAGCAGACAUGCGCCUUUUUCACGACCACCAAGCCGGCACAGGAUGGACAUGACAUCAGUUCCACGGCACUUGCGUCUGGAUCUGGAACUAGAUCUGAAUCUGGAUCGAGAUCCGAAUCUCCAUCUCCAUCCACACUCGUCAUAUAUAUGCCCCAUUCGUCCUCCGCAGACAGUCUCCCCUUUUAUCACCCCAAAGUCCAAGGUAUCGCGCAUCUGCACCAGUGGGACGAAGCAGGCAAAGGCACAAUAUCCAUUCACUUCCUCCCCUAUCCAGAUCACCCUUUGAGCGACGCGAGGCUACAACGGACAGCCUACCACCUUCUCGAGAUCAUCGACAAACACGGCCACGGUGCCGCCGAGGGCUAUGUCAAGAGAGUCAAUCACGAUUUGGUCAUCCCCCAGGGCAGAUUUCAGAACCGGUACGCACUUCUCAAGAGCAAGUAUGCUCGUCAGCUGGUCGAUUCUUGGGCUGAAAAGACGGACCCGUCGAAACACGUCUUUGAAGACUUGGGGAUAGCCGCCUUUCUCAUCGAGCUAUGGAGCGACAUGUAUCCCAAGGAGACUGCUACCUUCCCAGGCUUUGUUGACAUUGGCUGCGGAAACGGGCUGCUGGUCUACCUGCUGACACAGGAGGGCUACUCUGGAUGGGGCUUCGACGCGAGAGAGCGCAAGUCGUGGGCUCAGUACCGGACGGGGGGCCAGGCUUCCCCCUCUGGCUCGUCUCUCGAGGAGCGGCUGCUGCUCCCAGCCAUGGUCUCGAGAAGCGGUCAAGACCAGGCCAAUGCCGACGCCAACAAUGAGUCAAGUGACCUAUCCGAUGGCGUCGUACAUGACGGCGUCUUCCCGCCGGGCACAUUCAUCAUUUCCAACCACGCCGACGAGCUGACCCCCUGGACGCCAAUUCUUGCCGCCUGCUCGAGGUGUCCCUUUAUCAUGAUCCCCUGUUGCAGCCACAACCUCACCGGGGACAAGUUCCGCGCACCCCCUCCCCAGGACAAGACCAAGGCCAAGUCGACGUAUGCGUCGCUAGUCGACUGGGUUUCCAGGAUUGCGGAAGAUUGCGGCUGGAAGGUCGAGACCGAGAUGCUGCGAAUCCCCAGCACCAGGAACACUUGUUUGCUGGGGAGGACCCGCACGCGAGAGGUGCCAGAGGCGGACAUCGUCGCUCUCAUCGCAAAGUACGGCGGCACGGGGGGCUACUACGAAAACGUGGCCAAGCUGAUCAAGUCUGGCCCGAGAGGUCAUUAA